AUGAUCACGCUCAGCGACGAGGAAGCGCUUGUGCGACUUGGCCCUACAGUUCCGACGGAUCCGGCGCCGUAUCCGUCGCGCGUCGUCAUCCCGGGGCAGUAUGUCGACCUUGUGCCUGUCACGCCCGAGCAUGCUGAUGCGCUGUUCCCCGUCGUAGGGCAGGCGGAGCACGAGCGGCUAUGGGACUACAUGCUCGAGUUCCCCUUCAACGGCGACCGCGAGCGCUUUACACAGUAUGUCAAGGCCCGCUGCGGCAACGAGAACAACAUGGUAUUCUGGGCUAUCCAAGACAAGAACCCCACGCCCGGCGCACCCAAGAUCCUCGGCCUAAUUUCAUACCUACGCAUCGACCCUGCAAACCGCACCAUCGAGAUUGGCAACGUCAUGUUCUCGCCCUUCCUACAGAGAUCGCGCAAAUCGAGCGAGGUAGUGUAUCUGAUGAUCAGCCACGCCUUUGACACGCUCGGAUACCGCCGCGUCGAGUGGAAGUGCAACGACCUCAACGUACCCUCCAAGCGUGCUGCCAUCCGAUACGGGUUCGCCUACGAAGGGCUGUUCCGCAAGAUGUUCGUGCUCAAGGGCAGGAACAGAGAUACUGCCUGGUUCGCCAUCAUCGACGACGACUGGCCGCAACGCAAGGCGGCGUUGCAAACCUGGCUCAGCCCGGACAACUUUGACUCCGAAACGGGCGCCCAGAAGCUUUCGCUCAAGGAGGCACAUGCAAAGCAUGGAUACACGGUUCCAGACUCCCUCGCACUGCCUCCUCGUCCUCUGUAG